UUGGGCUCCCUGAUGAACUAUGACCCAGAAGAUAAAUGGGUCAAGUUUAAGAGGGACUUUGAUAAUUUCAAGACUCAAUGUAUUCCCUGGGAAAUGAAGAUCAAAGACAUUGAAAGUCACUUUGGUUCUUCAGUGGCAUCGUACUUCAUCUUUCUCCGAUGGAUGUAUGGAGUUAACCUUGUCCUUUUUGGCUUAAUAUUUGGUUUAGUCAUAAUUCCAGAGAUACUGAUGGGCAUGCCUUAUGGAAGCAUACCCAGAAAGACCGUGCCUCGGGCUGAGGAAGAAAAAGCCAUGGACUUUUCCGUCCUUUGGGAUUUUGAGGGCUACAUCAAAUAUUCUGCUGUCUUCUAUGGUUAUUAUAACAACCAGAGAACCAUUGGAUGGCUGAGGUACAGGCUGCCCAUGGCUUACUUUAUGGUGGGGGUCAGCGUGUUUGGCUACAGCCUGAUGAUUGUCAUCAGAUCAAUGGCCAGCAAUACCCAAGGGAGCACCAGUGAGGGAGAGAAUGAUAACUUCACGUUCAGCUUUAAGAUGUUCACCAGCUGGGACUACCUGAUCGGGAAUUCAGAGACGGCAGACAACAAGCAUGUCUCCAUCACCACCAGCUUCAAGGAAUCUAUAGUGGAUGAAGAAGAAAGUAACAAAGAAGAGAAUGUGCACCUGACGAGAUUCCUACGUGUGCUGGCCAACUUUCUCAUCACCGGCUGUCUGUGUGGAAGUGGGUAUCUCAUUUACUUUGUGGUGAAGCGAUCCCAGGAAUUCUCCAAAAGGAAGACUGUCAGCUGGUAUGAAAGGAAUGAGGUAGAGAUUGUGAUGUCUCUGCUUGGGAUGUUUUGCCCCCCUCUGUUUGAAACCAUCGCUGCCCUGGAGAAUUAUCACCCACGCACUGGACUAAAGUGGCAGCUGGGGCGCAUCUUUGCCCUCUUCCUGGGAAACCUCUACACCUUUCUCCUGGCACUCAUGGAUGAUGUCCACCUCAAGCUUUCUAAUGAGGAGACAAUAAAGAACAUCACUCACUGGACCCUGUUUAACUAUUACAACUCCUCAGGUGGGAAUGAGAGCAUACCCCGGCCACCACUGCACCCUGCAGAUGUGCCCAGGGGUUCUUGCUGGGAGACAGCUGUGGGCAUUGAGUUCAUGAGACUGACUGUGUCUGAUAUGCUGGUAACAUACAUCACCAUCUUGCUGGGGGAUUUCCUGCGGGCUUGUUUUGUCCGGUUCAUGAACUACUGCUGGUGCUGGGACCUGGAGGCUGGUUUUCCCUCAUAUGCUGAGUUUGAUAUUAGUGGAAAUGUGCUGGGUUUGAUCUUCAACCAAGGAAUGAUCUGGAUGGGCUCCUUCUAUGCUCCAGGACUAGUAGGCAUUAAUGUGCUGCGCCUGCUGACCUCCAUGUACUUCCAGUGCUGGGCAGUGAUGAGCAGCAAUGUCCCCCAUGCACGUGUGUUUAAAGCUUCCCGAUCCAAUAACUUCUACAUGGGUCUACUGCUGCUGGUGCUUUUCCUCAGCCUCCUGCCAGUGGUCUACACCAUCAUGUCCCUCCCACCCUCCUUUGACUGUGGCCCAUUCAGAAUUUUACAAUUGCAUAAACCACUGUUCCCAUCCUUGCUGAACAUCAUCCCAGACAUGAAAUGGACUAAGGCAGAUGAGUGGGGCCCUGCAAUGCCCUUUCAUGACCCUAAGAGCAAUGGGAAAAACAGAAUAUAUGAUGUCCUCCAUGAGACAAUUGAAAAUGAUUUCCCAACUUUCCUGGGCAAGAUCUUUGCAUUCCUUGCCAAUCCAGGCCUGAUCAUUCCAGCCAUCCUACUGAUGUUCUGCACGAAGUUGAAAAGAACCACAAAUCUGACAAAGAAAGAGCCACUGUCACAAAUUCAGAGGCCACACCUAAAAGCAGCUCCAAAAAUGUCUCCCAGCUACAACUUACUAAGGAAGAGCCGGUAUCUUACUCUCCCAGCCAAAUCCAGACCCUGGACAAGACCUCACAGGGCCCUGGCACCUCUGCUGACAGCAGGGUCCUGCAGCCUGCCUCCUGGCACCUUGGAUUUCAACCACCAAAAGUCAAACUGGAUUCUGGCCAACCCCAGUCUCAGGCUCACACAUGGAGGUCAGGUUCUGGAAAAAGUGCUCAGACGUCUCCCAACUGAUAGCAGUCAGAAAGCUCUGGGCUUUCUCCCCAGGCCCUACUGCUUUAUAUAUCCAUUCCUUUUCCUCUCACAAAUAUGCAUUUUCCCUCAUCUCAUGUACCAACUUUGAUUCUUAGUCUCAAGCCCUUGCUGAUAACCAAAAGGUCCUGGCUUGGGAAUGGGAGAGGGCCCAUACUGACUGUGCUUCUGAAGCUGAGUUAGAAAAAUAUAGGCAGUUAGGGAGGGCAGGGGCAGGCCCCCAGAUGAUGGCUGCUUCUUGUUCCAAGAAGACCCUAGGAUUGGAAGAAGAGUCACAGGUGGGAAGGAGAAAACCCACCUCCAAGGGCAGAUACUCUGGUGGGACCCAUAGGGAAGAGAGGAAGAAAUUCUAGUCAAUGGUCCCAUAAAAGGCCCAGUCCAGGAGUCUCUGGGUGGUCUUCCAGCCCUGGAAACCCCUUGCAUCCUGCGAAGCUUCAAUAAAGUCUUUCACUUUGUUUC